GGAUGCAGGGACGGGGAAGCCAGUCGGUGAGCCCUUGCGGGGGCACACUGAAGAAGUUACCUCGGUCUCGUUCUCGCCGGAUGGUACUCGCAUCGUCACUGGUUCUUAUGAUCACACUGUUCGGCUGUGGGAUGCAGUGAUAAAGCAGCCAUCCCAACAGUGCGCCAUAUCAGAUCCUUCAGUCUUCUCAGAUGAACAUCGCACGACCGACCUCACCACUACCAUGAAAUCGCAUACUUGGGACAAUCACUCCAUUUCCUUCUCAUCUAACUCCAUUCAUGCGCUGCGCAACACAUCUGAGUUAACAGAGGGAGCAUCCCAUGACGAUCAAAGCCCGACCCCCUUUGUCCUGGAUAAUGACAGUGGAUGGUUAGUAGGGCCUAACCAUCGGCUGUUAUUCUGGGUACCACCCGCUUCUCGACGUUCAUUUUGGAGUUCUGGGACUAUAUUAGCGAUCCCUAGAGGUUGUGACCUUGAUCUGAGCUGCAUGGCACACGGACAACACUGGCAGAAGUGCCGAGAAGAAUCUUAGUACCGACGAUGAUCGUGAAAAUGGAUUUAUUAUGGAC